UACUGGGUCUGCGCGCAGGCUACAUUAACGCUGAUAUUAAGAGCAUCCCAAUGUCUUCUAAAGAUGUAGAGAAACUAUUUGAAAUCACAUCGUUAGGAAUCAAUAGUUAGGAAAUCACAUCGUUAGGAGUUGUUGACUAGCUAAGGCAAAUAGGCUCGGUCUGAAUGUUACCAUAUGUGAUUGUAUGCUGACAUGCCAAAGAAGACAAAAUGAAGCACAUAUUAAUGAUUCUCUUUUAAAAAUUAGCCAAUAAAAUAUAAAAGGGCAAGUACAUCGAAAUGCUUAGGUAUGACCAUAGACGGCAAAUUUAAUUGAAAUCCCGAUGCGAAGUAUUGAAAGGGAAAGUAAAAGGGGAAAGUAAAAUGCAUGGAGGAAGUUACAGCGACUCAUAUCUUAGUUCAAGGGCCACAAAUUGAAAGCAAUAUUAAAUCCUGAUUAACCCAUCAAAAACCAAAUUAAAUCAUUUGCAAAAGCUAAAGAGUAGGACAAAAGUAUGGUUUUCUAUCAACGAUCUACUUGAUUGUUAUGAGCUAGUCAUGAAAUAGAAACAUAUAUUUUCGUUUCUGCCCUGAAUUUUUUCAAUAAAGUUGCAACCAGGUUCAAUGAACAAAUAAUUGUGCCCGUAAUUGAAAUGAAAAUAGCUGUUUACCGGUCUAUCAUAAGUGCUUCGUGCUUGUAAAUGUUUUUUUCAGGGGGAUUUGGCAGGAUUAUUUGCUGAUUGGUGGACAUGAAAAGUCCCAUUCAUAGUUAUUAUAGGGUAAUAAUUGGACUUACGACGAGUAACGGUCUCCAUUUCAGAAAUAAAAAAAUCAAGAUCUCAAAAAAAAGAUGUCAAGAAUGCACCUGGCAGUUGUUGUUUUGAGACCUUAAUCUCGUUUUGAAAAGGAGGAGAGAGAAAUAUCAGAAAUGGCGGAUAAUCAAGCUGCUGGAACUGGUGAAGGGCGAAAGAAUGUGCCAAAAUUGAAAGAGCUGUUAAGAAGACAACGAAGAGACUCAGAGGGUCAGAAUGAAGCACCAUCCUUGGAUUUUAUUUAUACUGACACAGAUUCACUGAUGAAUGAGCUGGCUGAACUCUACAGCUACACAGAACAAGAGGAAUUUGAACUAAAUGCUGAGCAGUUUUAUGAAGAUUUUAAAAAAAUUGAGAGCCAACCAUGGAAAGAAAUAUCACCAAAGCAGAAAAAUCAGUACAUGAUGAGACUUUUAGAUCGUCUUGAAACAGUUUCAGUGGAAGAAAGAAGAAAUGCUGCCAGAUCUGUACUGUAUUUAUGCCAAGGGAUGUUUAAAGAGUCAAAUUGUGAGGAAGACCUGCUUCCAACGAUUUCACAAAAUGUUCUGUUGAUUUACCGUUCUGGAGUUUUUGCUGUUGUACAACAACUGUUGUUGAUGGAAGCUGAAAAUAUCGACUCAGUUCAAGCAGCUUUGCAGAAACCUUCAAUAUCCAUUGCUGAUAGCAUUGAUUUGAGAAUAUGCAUAAACAUACUGUACACUGUGGUGGAAGUGAUCCGAAUAAAUCAAUCAAAGUCUGAGGAAAUGAGCAAGGCUGCAGAGGGCCUGAGACUUGACUUGGACGGCAGCAAAGAAGAGGAAGAUGGAGGGCCUUUUGCUUAUCACAUUUUUGAGAUGAUUCUCAAAUUCUGUGCUGGAAGUGCUCCGCAUUACCCAAUCAAGAAGCUCCUUUUAUUAUUAUGGAAAGUAAUAUUGUUUACUCUUGGAGGGUUUGAUGAACUUCUUGAAGAGAAGAAACAAGGUCGAGUUCAAGCUGGGUUGUCUCCGAGCUUUGAAGAACAAAAUUUCGAGAAUUUUGGUCAUCCGCCAGAGUAUUACUUGAGAGCAUCUUCUCCGCAGAGGGAGAAGGAAGAAAGGAAAAGAAGAAAUGAAAUAUCCACUGCCAUGGACAAGGAUGAAGAUUUGGAACAAGAAUCAAUUCUAGAAGAUGAUGCGAAAAGUUUUAUAAGAAAUGAAUUACUACUUAGGCCGAAAGUUAGACAAAAGGAUGUGCAGGCGUUUCUUCAGACGUGCAGAGCGAAAUUCGUUGGCUAUCAACUCACAAAUGAUAUUACUUCAACGGCUGGACUUCCUCGCCCCAUUUUAGAAGGUUUUCAAGUUUUAAAAAGCCAUGUCUAUGUAUCAUUGGCGGAAAUCCACAUCAAAAGAGAAGAGGACACGACAAACCGCCCCUUCAGCAAGGGAAAGACAGAGCUCCCUCAAACGCGAGCUGAACUUCUUUACAAAGCGUUGCUGCCUGUUUUACCUCAGUAUAUGAUUACCUUGCUGAAGAUUCUUCUUGCAUCAGCACCAACAGCAAAAGCAAAAACCGAUUCCAUUAAUAUACUCACUGAUGUUUUACCGCCAGAAAUGCCUACUACUGUUUUGAAGUCGAUGCAAUUGGCUAUUGAUGUUAACAGACAUAAGGAAAUUCUCGUGAAGUCAAUAUCUGCAUUGAUUCUCCUGUUCUUGAAGCACUUCAAAGUGAAUCACAUUUAUCAGUUUGAGUUUGUUAGCCAACAUUUGGUUUUUGCUAAUUGCAUCCCAUUGGUUCUUAAAUUCUUCAACCAAAACACAUCAGCAUACGUUGCAGCAAAAAACAGUGUUCCUGUCCUGGAUUUUCCUGCCUGUGUCCUUGAGGAAAAACACGAAGUAACUGCUGAAAGUCUUGAAUCUGGAAAUGGUAACGAGUUUUGCUGGAGAAAUUUGUUUUCCUGUAUCAACCUUUUAAGAAUCCUGCAAAAACUGACCAAGUGGAAGCACUCAAGAACAAUGAUGUUAGUGGUUUUCAAAUCGGCUCCAAUUCUUAAAAGAGCUUUGAAAAUAAAUGAAGAAAACUUACAGCUUUACGUUUUGAAGUUACUGAAAACACAAAUAAAAUAUCUUGGUAGAAACUGGAGAAAAAGCAACAUGAAAAUCAUGUCCAUGAUUUAUCAUAAAGUCAGACACCGAUUGAACGAUGACUGGGCCUUCGGAAAUGAUCUUGACGCUCGACCGUGGGAUUUCCAGACUGAGGAAUGCGCGUUGCGCCAGAAUGUUGACUUGUUCAACUACCACCAUUACGAUGCCGGUGGCUCGCAUUACCCGUCCGAUUUUCAGCCGGUUGAUAACGAUCUCCAUAGCUGCUUGAGUCAGACAGUUACUCUUACAAAGAAAUUCAAGAAGGAUUACGAGAAAUGGCUCGACAGAGAAAUUUUCAAAAACAACGUUGAUUGGGAGGAAUUGUUGGAGAAAAAUUAGAUUUUUGUAGCAAUUUCUCGAAUCGAAUAUCAACUUGUACAGAUGAUUUAUGAACCAGUAUAAAUGGAAGAAAAUUAGAUCAGUUUAUUACAUUAUCGAUCUUGGAAAGGGCUGUCCAAAUUAAAACGACAGUAGUUUUAAUGCUAACCCAUUUUUAACACCGGUGAUAGAUCAGUGCUGGUAAAAUUUACCGAAAAAUAGCAACCAGACUUUAAACUUUCCCUGAAUAUGUAGCAGUUUUAUAAUUAACUGUUGAUCUUAUGGUUUUUGCUCCUUGAAAAUAAGCACUUAAUUUUGUCACGCCAGCCGGCUGCGUUAAAGCAAAAACUAGUGGCGAUGGGACCAGGGUAUUACGUAUGAAGCGAUGACGAAGUUGAAGUCUUUUACAUCAAAAGAUGGGAGAGGGUAUCGGAGCCAUGGCACCUCGCUUUUGCAGUACAAAAGAGCACUUUACCUGUAAAGUCGGAGUCUCUUCUUACCGUGUAGAUAUGGACAGGAAUUAAGUUGUUUUGCCAAGAAGAAUCUGUAUUAAGGACCACCAUAAUUUGUGGCGUUUUAUGGUUUAAUUUUUGCAGCUUUAACAUAGAUGCCCCUGAAUUCGGAGAAUUUUAACCCAAGUGUGUCUAAGUUUAUUCAUU